UAUUACGCAAUCGCAAAUCUGGCCAUGGACUUUUUCUUCCUCUACAACUACGUUGCAUCAUUUAUCGUAGAGUAGCGAAAGAAGAACUCUAUUGAUAGAUCUUGGUUUGUUGGUUCAAAGUGUGUACCCAUUACCUCAAGUUAAGCACAACGUCGAGUAUGUCAUGAAAGCCAAUCGAAGAUUCUCAUUCUUCUAUCUACUCAAUAACAUCGAAAAUAUCUUCCUGUUCUCGAAAAACAUUCAAAAAUGCACAGUUAUAAUAUGCACAGGCAAGCUAAUGCGAAUCUAUAAAAAAUGCGAUCAUGGUGCAACGAAAAGACUCCACUAGAACUUUCACUCCGAAAGGUCUAGUGGAGUCUUCACAGACAACUAACUACGAGGAUCAUGUUGAUGUUGCAGCCAACGAAAAAUUCUUGUCAACAAGAACAUCGUGAAGAU